CGACAAUCCUAAUUCAUGAUUGGCAAAUAAUUUUCUUUCUACUUAGGCUGUACUGAAUAUGGAUGAAAACUUCGGGUCAGCCUAAACCGCAGAGUGCAGGUUACUUACUAAUAUUUAAAGAUAUGCGUCCAUCGGAUUCGCUCUCUUGACUUUUUAAUAAGUGCAAAGGUGAUACUAGUAUGAUUUACGUAAUAGCUAACUAACAAAAGAUGUCAUCCAUGAUUCAUUGUUAAAAAAUUAUAUUCCCUGUUGAGCGAAGAAGUUUUAGUUGAGAUCACUGCUGAAAAUUAUACCGCGUAUUUAUCAAACUGAAAUCAUCCUGACAAGUUAUUAACUCAAAGGAUUCGCCAGACAUCGCGCUUCGUCACCGAUUGUCUCAACAUGUCAAGAGCAAAUUUAUUCUUCGCUAUCAUGGCCGUCAUUUGCUUUUUGUUAAAAAGUGGGAUGGGUAAGUAAAUAUUUCUAGUUUACUUGUUGUAAUUGGACUAAGCUUUAAAUGUAGUUUGCUCUUGAGUCGAUCAAUGAAAAUUUUACCGCGUAUUUAUCAAACUGAAAUCAUCUUGACAAGUUAUUAACUCAAAGGAUUCGCUAGACAUUGCGCUUCAUUACAGUUGUCUCAACAUGACAAGAGCAAAUAUAUUCUUCGCUAUCGUGGCUGUUAUUUGCUUUUUAUUAAGAAGUGGGAUAGGUAAGUAAAUAUUUCCAGUUCACUUGUUGUAAUUAGAUUAAGCUUUAUGUGUAGUUUGCUCUUGAAUCGAUCUUCAUUCUGACAACAGCGAUCAGUGAUAGAAAAAGCUAUCUCUGUAAUCCGAGCUCGUUUCAAGUGAUAUUAAAGUAUUGUGCAUGAAAGCACACGAUAAAAGCGUGCUAGACGAACGGUAUAAGAACAUUUCUCUACACAAGAAACGAUUUUCGGGAUAGACGAAUAGUACUGAAUUCGCUUUAUAAUGAUAUUUGAAUCACUGUGUACCUUCUUCGUCACAUCAAUGUUCUAUCGCGACAAUUUGAAAACGGACACGUAACUCGUACAGUGUUAAUAUAUUGAUAUUUUUAGUUUGAAAAAUUUUCCCGUUCUUCGAAAAGCAAUGAAUUAGGGAGACACAAGAAAAUCGGCCUCUGUAACCUCUUUAAAAUCAAGCGACUGAUACCUGACUUAAAACUAGAAUUUUUGUACAAUGCUAUGCAAAUGUCCAUAUUGUUUUGAAUGCCUUUUUUAAGGCAUUCCCACCUCCCUGCCAGGUGAACCAUAAAGUCCUCUGGAAAGUAAAAACAGUUAAGUUACAGGAAUGUUUUUUUUUACGCACUUUGUCCGCUGUUUCGGCGAGUUUUAUAAUUUUUAAAACGGUGAUCAAAUAAAGGGACUCCGUUACGAAAGUGCAUUUCGCAACAACUCAUAAUCACCCGUCAGACUAGAUGGGCUUUUAGUCGGCUUCCGAUGCUUAUAGCAAACUGAUAUUUUACUUCUUUCACUCAUUGUCACCUUAACAAUCAGUAAUUAGCUCCUACAGAAGCGAUGAAGUUGAAAUAUGGUACUUUAAAAAACAUAAGUGGACUUUGAUUUGGAUAAAUCACCUCCUAACAAAAAUACAUUAUAUAUCAUCAAUUCAAGAUGACGUGAAGUACGGAACGUGGACGAGUUUCCUCGAGAUUUCAAAACCACUUACAGCAGUUGUGAUCUGAUUUGACUCCUUUCCAGUUGUUUUUAACUUUAAUAAUUAGAGUUUGAUCCAAUAAAUAAACGAAAGUAUUGCUUCCUAAAGAUGUUCUUCAGUAAAUGGGAAAGAAACACCUUGGCAACACCAUUAGAGUUGGAGCCGCAAAAAGAAUCUGAUAUUAGUCAGCCGACUGAUGAUUUUUAUCCUAUCAAACAAAACAGUUGAAUACACCUUCACUAGUUCUUGUAAUGAUAAAUUUAAUACUCUUCUUUUGAAGGCUUCCUUGUUACGGUUCACACCCAAACCGGAUGUAACGCAACUCUAAUCUGCAAUCAGUCUGGAGACGUUAGGUGGAUGAAAACAGAAAAUUCACAGGAAAUUAAAGGUCAGACGAAUCAACAAUUAUUUGCGUCCUCUUUUAUUAUGCCUUCUUAUACCGGAUUGUUUUUCUUCUCUCUUGGUUGCGUGGUGUAAUAUAAUUCUUAAAAAUGUUUUAGCCAUGUUAAGUUUGUAUAAUAAUGCCCUCUACCAAGGUCUACCUUUGGGACGGUCUUGCACUUGAUUCGGCGUUGUUUGUCCUCCCCUAAAAACUCGCUGCAAACGAUUGACUGGACUAACUUACUGGACUGGAUCAGGGUUGAUUGGACUUGGCAAGCCUAGUCUGAACCCUGUUUGGACUGGACUGGGCUAGCGUAGUCUGGACUGGACUGAACUCAGCUGGAUUAGACUGGACAUAACUAAAUUAGACUUGCUAGAAUGGACCAGCUUGGAUUGGAUUCGACUAUUCUAGACAGGAGUAAACUCGACUGAACUGAACUGGACUGAGCUGGAAGAGACUGAUCUGCUCUAUAUAACUCUGGACUGGACUGAACUGAACCUGAAUGUAAGAGAAGGGAGUUGCCAUUAUCCUGUUCUGUAAUAGAUCACAAAUGAUGUAAAAAUGUGAUAUGAACAAAAAAGUUGAACACGAGGCGCAACCGAGUGUGUCACGGAUGUCCUUACCACAUUUUGAUGUCUUCUGUGAUAUAUAACUGAACAAACCAUGACUUUAAAUUAAGGCCUAGAGCAGCCAGGACGGACUAUUUUAAGUUUUCAUUUUUUAACCGUUUCGUUGAUGACUGGAACUCUUUAACUAAAUUUGUUAUGUCAGCUUCCAGUUGAAUUCCUUUAGAUCUCGUUUACUGAAUUAUUUUUGUACGUAGUUUUAUUUUGUUAUCUCGAAAUGAGAUUUAUUCAGAUUUUACUUUUUGUUUAUUGUUUAGUUGUUGUCCAGUUUCUUCUUUCUUAUACAACGUACAGUUAUUUAUAUGAGCCUUGGAGAGCAGUUUUUAUGCGGGAAUUUAGUUUCCCCCUAUUACUUUCCUUUACCCACUGCACUUUUAUAUGGUAAUUAAGAUUUAAUGAAUAUUAUAUGGUUAUUAUUAGUUGUUAAUUAUUGUUGUGAUUUUUGUCAGUAGGUUAUUUUAUUAGUAGGAUAAUAAUACAGUGGUAAAAAGCAUUUUUAAACUUAAACUCAAGGCAACAUGAAAUCUCUUUUUUUAAUAUAAUAAAUAAGCAAAAUGCUGUCAGUGAUGACGUCUCUCCUUCCCAAGUAACCAAUAAGAACUCCAAGAAACAAAGUAACAUCCUUAAGCUCACCAUGUCGCGAUUGGCUUUAGCGCUGAAUCUGAUCGGUUGAAGAAGUAGCGCAAAUAUUCUGGUCUAAUCGCAGAGAGAAGUGGAGCAAUCCCGAAUUACUUUGGACGCUCAUUGAAAAAUUGGCCAAAUGUUGCAAUUUGUAUCAGUAUUGAAUCUAAUGUUAACAUUUGUUAUUGGUAAGAUUUGUUAGUAUCGGUGUUACUAUUUUUAUCUCUACUGUUAUUUAUACAGACCCAAGAUUCGUCGCUAGAAAGUAUUCAUUUUUUUCAACUUUAUCGAUCGUCGACGUCACCAAAAACGAUGAUGGGAAAAUAACUUGCGUUGCAGAGGGAACUAACGUCACUAUAAGCUUGGAAGGUAUGUCUCUUACGAGCCUUAUUGCAUCUCAAUAGAUAGCGUUUUUGAGGAGAUCGUGCUUAUUUACUGGCUCUUCUUCCUGAUACAUUCUUAUACAACAAUGUUCAUGCCAAGUUUUAAGGACAUGGGGUGUAGAAGAAUCUGGAAGAAACUUAUUAAUUUUCUUGGAAAUACUUUGGGUCAAUCGUUCAGCCUUCAUUAGUCCGUUUGAGUGUGACUGGUUACACAGCAAUAAGCCAUGCAAGCACUCGCUCAGAGCGACUCUGCGAUGGGAGAAAGGUUUCGUAAAUCUUUUGAAGCUUAAGCCCCUCCUUAUCUUGCGGCUGAGUUACGUCGAAAGUAAAUUGUAAGGAGAGUUUCGCAAUAUAUUGACUCUGACAGUGUUUUGCAUGUUAAUCUUUGAGCAUGACAUCUGUAAUCUGCUAAGCACGUGCGCAAAUUGAAAAAUGUCCAACUUUGAUAAAAGGGAGACAAACUCUUCAUAAUACGUUUCUGUCAGAUUCUUCAACACAGUUAACGUUGAUAGUGAUGAUGAUGAUUAUAACUAUGAUAAUAAUAAUAAUAAUAAUAACAAUUUUAACUUUUAUUUACCUUCUUUUUAUUUUUUAAACCGCGCUUUUCUAAUAAUGCAUUUAUAAAUCAUAAGCCCGCGCGUAAAUAAUCGUGCUGUUUGUUUAAAAUGUAAAUGAAAUCACGUAUUUGUACGUGUGUUUUAAAAAAAUUAAUAGAUGAGCUGGACACAGCAUGUGUUGUACUUACAAUACACUCUAUUUACAGUUUGCUACGAUAACCUUCCAACAAGACAAUGUCAGGGCACCAUUACGAGCAGUACAAGUUGUUCAGAAUCCUAUUUACAAAGAAAUUGUAAGAAAUCCUGUAACCUUUGUCCAGGUAAUUAAUAUAUAUAUAUAUAUAUAUAUCCCUUCUUUGUCCAAUUAAUUUAACAAUUGAUGUUAGGGCAACGAAAAAGAAUAGUUUAAUUUAUUUAUGGUUGGGCUCCACUCCUCUAUACGUCACGUGUGGUAGACUUGCGCAAUAUGGCAGUGUUGAUACCAUACAUCGUUUCUUUGUAGCCUCAACCGCAUCCCACAAGUACGCCAAAGUGGUGUCUUUUCAUUAUUCCCGUAGGAGCCUUUUGUAGAUAUGGUCUGAUCGUGGUUGUUGACGCGAUGGCCGACGUCAUUUAAAAGGUUUUUUUUUGAUAGCGAAGCCUUUGUUCCCCCACCACUGUAGCCUCAGUGUACGUUCUGUGGCCUCAGAAUGUAAUUUAUUUCAUACAGAGGGAGAUUAACACUGCGAAGUACUAUCGUUCGUGUUUCUGAUCGGACUAGCGAGGUAUUUCCACGGUCGUUCGCCUCCAAUCUUUGAAAUGUGUCGGUCAGUGAGAAAAAAUCUCAGUAUGUAUGAAAUAAAAACAUCAUACCAUGGAAAGUGCUUGAACGAUUUUUAUUCACGAGUUGCGAUGCAUUAAACAACUCACUCGGAUUGGAUGUAUCGGAACUCGUGAAUAAAAAUCGUUCGUGCGCACUUUCCGUGGAAUGAUCUCCAUUUUUUUCAUAUAAUUUCCUUCCUCGCCACCCUCUCGUUUCAAUUUAUUAAUUGAAGUAGAGGAAUAAUCUCUAUUUGUUUUCAUAUGAAUUACUAGUCCUUCUCGUUUCAAUUUAUUCUAUAACAGCGAUAGAGGAAUAAUCUCUAUUUGUUUUAUACAAAUUUUCUUUUCCCCUUCUCCUCGUUUAAAUGUAUUCUAUGACUGAAAUAGAAAGAAACGUUCUAGUGACAACUAUGCCAAGGAAGUUGAAAUGAAUGGUCUGAGCCCUGGUCAAAUUGAAAGGAGCCACGGUCGGGAAUGGAGAACGUAAUGAGAGCUAUUUUUGCCAAAAAAAAAUUGCCUUUUGAGCAAAUGUGCGUUUGGUGUGGAUGAGUGAAACUCAAAGGCCAAUAAAGGCCUCCUCCUCCAAAGAUCAAACGAGCACGAGGACUGGUAGCUAGCUCGAAGCGAGCGGUUCUAUGAGGAAAGAAAUUUAAGCGCGUGCUGAACUGAGAGCUGCGCGCCUAUUUAGAAAACUGAGUAAUAGGCAUUGAAUAUUUCUAACCUAAAUAACUUUGAUAGUUUAGUUAGGUUUCUUUCCCAACCCAGUUGUUACAUGUGUUGUAUCUUCAUCAUUUGCAAGCUUCUCAUCUGCUGAAAUUCUCUCAUUAUUCACUUUCACCCGUUCUGUCAUGAGCCAGAUUGCACAGAGACAAUCCUGCCUACAACAGCGCCACCUACAACUACAGCGCCACCUACAACUACAGCGCCACCUACACCUACAGCGCCACCUACAACUACAGCGCCACCUACAACUACAGCGCCACCUACAACUACAGCGCCACCUACAACUACAGCGCCACCUACAACUACAGCACCACCGACAAUGACCGAAACACCCACGACCCAAGAGGAGGAGAAAGACCGUGGCUUCAACGGUGGAGUUAAUUUAAGCUCUGGUUUCCAUGAUCUUUUACUCCUCGCAUCCAUUCUCUUUGUUAUGACGUCAUUACUGUUCUCAAGUCUGUGAAUUCACUGAAAAAGUAGCGUACAGCGCUCAGUUUUCUGAAUUUUUGCAUGUGAUUCCCAGAUGAGUACUUUACCUACAAGUACUUCAUCUCACAAGCUUCUCUUAUUUUGUGUUAUUCCUUCCUUUCUCUUUUUUUAUUUUAGAAAAUUUACAACAUUACGAUAGCAAUUCAACUUUUUUGUAAUUUUACAAGGUUUAGGUAUAGUUGCAAGGUCUUAACUGUUUUAGGAAAUUAUAAGUAUAGGUGCAUCAAAGUGUUGCAAUCAAAGCUACAGCUACCUUACGACCUGUUUAGAAUAACUCGAAUGUAAUUAGGUACUGCAUUGUAAGUAGUUUUGGCGUUGUAUUGGAAUAAUUGAAAGAUCACUACCAAAUGAAUAGAAGUGUUGUUUUUUAAAAGGAUAACGCUUUUAUCUCAUGUCAGUGUCGUUAACUCACAAUAUAUGUUUGAAAAUUGGACGCAUUCUAAAGCUCUUCCAUUUCUUAUUACUAGAUGCAUUUGCCCGUGUACUUGGGCGCUCGUAAUGAUAACAUGUAGGCAUGUACAGUCUUCAAACAGUUUUCACACUUACGAAUUCAAAGCCCCUCUUAAAUGAUACACUUGAACAGUUGCUAAGGUAAGGGAACUCUGACUUGAAUUGACGAUUUCAUAAUGUCAAUUCCGUUUGUCUGCAAAAAUUUUUAAAGUAGUUUAAAAGGGGCAGGAUGUUGGAUAUUUGUACUGCUUUGAGAUGUAGCUGCAAUAAAUUGUGUUUUGUAC